AUUAUAUCCUUUUAAGAACUAAGCCUAUCAUUUUUCUUGAAAUAUUAUUUGGUCGAAAAUUAACACAAUGGCACCACAUGGAGAGCCAAUUACAACUUCCUACGUCCGAACAAAAAACCUUAGCAUGCCCCCUCGACUCUCAAACGAUAAUUUACAAAGGACAAUGUCCGAUAUCUCGUUCGAGUGGAUGAGCAAAGAGUCUAUCAUUGAUUCAAAUCUACCCCCAAUAUCUGAAGUUGAAAAUGCAAAAUGCGAGUGCUGUGGAAUGAGCGAAGAAUUCACACACGAAUACAUCGAUAAAGUUCGAAAAAAGUAUUCGGGGAAGUGGAUAUGUGGGCUGUGUUCUGAAGCAGUGAAAGAAGAAGCAGAAAAGAAUGGAGGAAAGAAUGAAGAAGCAUUGAGUAGUCACAUGAGUGCUUGUAGCAAGUUUAAUAAAUUUGGUAGGGCUUAUCCUGUUCUUUAUCAAGCUAAGGCUAUGAGGGAAAUGUUGAAGAGGAAUAACAGGGAUGGAAAGGGAAUUCUCAGAGCCAAAUCUAUUAGUCCAAGGGACAAAAUUAUCCCAAAGAAAGGUGGGAUUGCAAGAAGUACUAGCUGCAUUCCUGCCAUUACCAAAGAGAUGAAUGACCUUAAUUAACCUUGCUAAUAAUUAAUUAAUUGCCCUCUUUUGUAAUUAUGCAAUUAAUAACGUCUACUAGGAUUUCAUUUUUAUGUCUAAUAAGCUUUGGACUAAACCUUUGCGUCACUCUUAGAGGUUUUUUGGGGUUGGUCUUGGUUGUAAACCUUUUUUUCCUCACUUUAAUUAUUAGGGUUUUUAAGAUCACGUUUGUAACACAAGUGAGUGAUCAAAUUUUUAUUCUUCGUCUCAGGGGGUUUAAUAUUUGUCUGUGACCCCUUUGUCGUAUUUUAUUAUUAAGUCAAUACUACUAAUUGAAUCUUGUACUUUUA